UCUCUCUCUCUCUCUCUCUCUCUCUCUCUCUCUCUCUCUCUGUCGCUCACUCUCACCUUUCAUGAAAUGGAAUCAGAAAUAACACAUUAAUGGAAUGGCAGCCAUGAAAAUCAAAAUGUAAGGUAACAAUUAUUUUAUGAAUGUCCUGUUGGCGUCUGAAAUGUUCAGAUUGUGGACCCUAAAAUAAAGUGUAUUACAAAGUAAUGCAACUUUCAACAUAAAGGGUGUAAGGAAGCCAGUUUUUCAAUGGAAGGUGCACCCAGUCAAAUAUGACAAAUUACAUUUGAAGCCUAUCGGAACUAGAAAUUCAUUGGAGUCUUGCAAAUGGUGCUAGUAAAAGAGCCAUCCAUCCUCUUUCUAAUGCUGAGAUAAUUGUUGUUCACUCUGAAAUUUAUAUGUGCAGCACCAGUACGUCAGAGGUAACUUAAGGAUACAUUCGUGCACAUUAUUGUCACGAAUAAACCAAACAACUGUGCCUUUGUAUGAAACACUACAAGGAGCAUUGUGGAGUAUUUAAAAUGAUCAUGAUGAAAGGAUGACCGGUCACGAUUUUAGACUUUUUUUUUCUUUCUUACAUACCACGCUCGGUUUCGCAACACUUCUAAAGAAUAAUACAUUCCGACACCCCGCAUACACAUGCGUAUUUUACAGGCUAUCAAUGAUCAGUCUCAUAGAAUCAAUAAGAUAUUUUAAGAUGCACAGUGUCACUGUCAUUAUAAAGACAUGCCCUUUGUGUGAACCAUUUGCUUCAAUUGCUGAUGGUUUUAACUUACUAGAAUCACAUUUACAAAUCGUUGCCAGUGUGAAUUAAUGGCAAACGCGUAUUCACAGCCAUUUGCUUGCUUGACUUGCAUCGGAUGAGGAGAGGCGAUGACAUGUGUCUGGCAACUUUAAUCUACUUGUUCUGACGCAGCGCUUUUGACCAGAUCAUAUAUGCGCAUAGUGCUCAUCUAUUGUCAUUAAACACUACAGCCAAAUGCACUGCAACCUAUCGGAUGUCGAUUUUGUGUUGGAGCUUAGUCGGAAAAUUUUCAGUGGAAUGUGAGACAACACGGUGAGGGGGUUGAUGAAAUUAAAUUCACACAUCCAGAACAAUGGUCAUCACACUCAUAAUCAAGAAGGAACAAAUUAAUGUAAAAAGCAAUGCUUUGCUGAGCUAUAUUUACGAUAAUGCCAAUGGCUUUUAUUUUGUGUGCUAUCUUAUGGUGGAUUUCUGUCUCAUGCACUCAUUCGUUCACAAAGUAAAAAUUAAUCUAAGCGGUAAAUUGUCAGAGGCGGCCGGCCCCAUUUUGCUUUCUGUGAUCAAUUACUUAUUCAAACCAUCUUUCAAAUGCACAAUGACAUAAAAAUGCCUUCACUCUUGACAAUUCUAAAUGCUUUUGUCUUAGAUCCUUUCUUGUUUGUAUUGAGUGUGAGUGUAUGCAAGAUUGAUAUGUGUGCAUUUUAUUUCAGGAAACCAUAUGCAGUUCAUGUAAAAAAAGAGUGAGCAUCAAAGCAUCUUAAGAAUACUGCAUCCACGUGAAAACUAAAAUUUUCCUUGAGUGUUGCGGUUGUCAUGGUCACCCUUGGGUACUUUGUAGCUCGGCCCCUGUUUGGAUGGCACACACACACACUCUUUAAAUAUGCAAUUUAUUUCCCGAAUUUAACGUGUUUGAAUUUAAAUUAGAAAACAUCCCCACCCUCAUUCAAAUGUCAUUUCAUGUCUGCAAAAUACAAUACAAUGUGCUACUGAUGCUCUUUUGAGUACGUUGUCUUUAUUUUAUUGUAGCCUGGCCCAAGUUGGUGUGUGCGCGUGUGCCCACGCGCGUGAGUGGGAGGCAUCGGGACGCCCCUCUAUAAAUACCGCACAUGACUUGUUUUCCUCAUUUUUACCUGAACACGUUCAACAUGAGGUUCAUCGUGUGGAACAUUCUCUGUUUAUUCAUUUCAUUACUUGACACGGCUGAGUUUCCGAAGCGAUGUUCAGCGCCACCCCAGUUUCCGUCCACCAGACUCCAAAAUAAAUGGAGGACCAGAAGCACGUUCGACAUUGGGGAGAAAGUUUACUACAAGUGUGCCGAUGAUUUCGUCGCAUACGCUGGCAGCCUCUCGGCGAUGUGCGUCAAUGGAAUCUGGACUGCGUUGACACUCAAAUGCAAACAGAGAUCAUGUGGUAAUGUUGGUGAUCUACCUAACGGAAGGUUUCGCUAUGAAGGACGUCCACUCAUUGGGAAGAGGGUCUACGCAUUGUGCAAUGACGGAUACACACUAAAAGGAGCGAAGUACAUGACAUGUGAGAGGGCUGGAUGGACUGGUGAAUUUCCCACAUGUGAAAGUGGCUGUAGUGCUCCGAAAAAUUUGGACGAGUCUCAUGCCAACCUCGCUGAUGAGUUCAUCAUGAGGACGACCUUUGCUGCCGGUGAGCAAGUCACGUACACGUGUGAUGUCGGCUACAGUCCAGUAGGUGGCAGCAGAUAUCGGAAGUGCAUCAGUGGACAGUGGACACCGCUUCUGGUCAAGUGUGAACAGAAGUUGUGUGGCUCGGCUGGGGAGAUUCAAAAUGGACGCUUCAUUUAUACCGGAGUAGAGUUUGGAGACAUCGCCACAGCUCACUGUGAUGAUGGGUUUCAGCUCGUGCAGCCUGGAAAUUUGUUGGACUUUGCACCUUUCCAUGGUGCACACUGCAUUUUUUUGUCCGUUGCAGUCGUGGAGUGUGAAGAGCCUCCAGAGGUAUCCAAUGCAGAGCAAAACGGCAAAGAGGAAGCACCCUACAAGUACAGGAGUGUGGUAGUGUAUGAAUGUCGCACGGGGAACCUUGUGGGGAACAAGGCGAUAUGGUGCACAGAGAACGGCACGUGGAGCGCACCGCCUUUGUGCAGAGAAAUCACCUGUCCAUCUCCAAAAGUGCCCAACGCCUCCUGGACGCGAGCUCACACCAGACUUUAUCAACACCGGGACACGAUCAGCAUAGACUGUCACCAUGGUUACACGGUGGUCGGCACGAGCACCGUCACCUGUGGUGACGAUGGUCAGUGGAUUCCCAGCCUUCCCAAGUGUAGACGCACAUGUAAGUCAACACCUCUGGUAGAAAUCUAUCAGGUGAUUGUUAUCGUACUUACUUUUAUUAACAAAUUCAUAUCUUGUUUUUGUGUAUGUUUUUUAGCACGGCACACUAAAUGGCAGAGCCGGUAUGCUGUCUGAUGUGUCAUGCUACAUUUCUCAGUCCAGGACCGGCAUAAUAAGAGCAAACAGAAGAUGGAAAAAUUCCCUUUGGACCUUAAUAUUUCUUUGCCUUACACACAUUCGACAUGUUUUUAAAAUGAAGCUGACAUACAUGGUGUUUAUUUCAAUAAAGUGUUUUUGGGCAAGAA